CAGGCCAGCUGUAUUUUCUACUGCAUUUUGAAAUUAGAUUUGAUUACAAAGUUUGACAGAUAUCUGAUUUUGCCUCAUUUCAGCCUCUGUUUAGUCCCUUCGGAUUUCUUCCACAUCUCGCUUGGAACUUUAUGCAUCUUCACAUCAACCUCUCUGACACCUGUUCGGCUUGUACCAACCCCACAACACCUCACGAUGGCGAACUCUAAGUACGAGUACGUGAAGAAUUUCGAGCAACCAGACCUCCUCAUUCCAAACACGUGGAUCAUAGUUCGGAUCGAUGGUCGAGGUUUCCACAAGUUCUCAAAUAAAUAUGCAUUCGAGAAACCCAAUGACCGUCGAGCACUGGAUCUCAUGAAUGCGGCUGCUAUGGCAGUCAUGAAUGAGUUACCGGAUAUUGUCAUCGCGUACGGUAUAAGUGAUGAGUAUAGCUUCGUCUUCCACAAAACCUGUGCUCUCUUCGAAAGGCGGUCAAGUAAACUGGUAACAACAAUCGUCUCAACUUUCACAGCAUAUUACGUCCAUCUCUGGUCUACGCAUUUCCCAGAUCUACCUCUCACAGCGCCGUUACCCAGUUUCGAUGGUCGGGCUGUGCAAUAUCCGAGUGUCCAGAAUCUGAGGGAUUAUAUGAGUUGGAGACAGGUUGAUUGUCAUAUCAAUAAUCUUUACAACACGACUUUCUGGGCGUUGAUCCAGAAUGGCGGAUUUGAUGCCAAGAGUGCAGAGAAGGAGUUGGCCGGGUCACUGUCUGCAGACAAGAACGAGAUCUUAUUCUCAAGGUUCAAGAUCAACUACAAUAAUGAGCCUGAGAUCUACAAGAAAGGCAGUGUAGUAUUUCGAGACGUAAGUUCUGCUUCUGCCCUCCACAGCUGUCUCUAAUGCCUUACACAGUACGAAAUGGUCGAGCCAGGAACAGCCCCAGAAAUUGUCGACGAAGAUUCAGCCAAGACAGUAGAAGAAACAGCACUCUCCAAAACCCAAGAGGAAAAGGAUAAGAAGCGGAGAGCCAAAGCAAGAAUCACAGUUCAGCACGUAGACAUCAUCAAAGAUGAAUUCUGGGAGAGGAGGCCCUGGUUAUUGUCGAACAAACCCGGCAAGAUACCAAAAGAGCCAUGAUUUAGAAAAGAACUCUAGAAUCUCUACAGUUUUAUAUCCGUCUAAUGCUCCAAAACGCCGCGCUUAUGCCAGAAUGUAAGACUCAAUCCUUCCUUCGCUUCUUCUUUUUGGCUUUCUCUGAGGAAUCAUCUGUCGAUCCCUGCUUUUCUUGUGCCUCUUUUGCAAGCUUCUUCAGCCGCCUGCGCUCUUUUCGUUCCUCUUUUGUUUCCUGUACAUCUGCCAUCUCGACGUCAUCUGUUGGCUCGUCGACAACUUUCGAUUGUUGUUCCUUUGCCUCACGCUCUGCAGCUUUCCUCGCCUUGCGCUCUUCUUUCGUCUCAGACUUCUGUGCAGAUUCUACCUCAACCUCUACCACCCUCUCUUCAACCUUUUGCCCGGCUUUUUUCGCAGCUCUGUGAGCUUUUCGCUCUUCUUUCGUCUCGGAGUCCGUCUGAGUCGGUGUAGACUCCUCUAUAACCAAUUCUACCCUCUCAGCCUUCAGCGCCUUCUUCGCCGCCUUCCUCGCCCUCCUCUCUUCUUUACUUUCCUCCUCCCCACCCCUCUUCGUCUUUUUCUCCCCACUACCACUAGCAACAUCCUUCCCAGACUCACUCUCUGUACUCUCCUCCGGAUUAAUCGUACCACCCAACCCCUCACCCCUUACAAAACUUGAAUACAGCCCGCCUUUACUGCCAACCCAUUUCGCGCCGGCUUUCUGAACCAUAUCCAGUCCACCACUCGUCACAGUCUGUAUGACCUGCCCGUCUUUCGACGUAUCAAGGCCUUUCAACGAGCUGUCGAAUGCGUUCAUCCACCACAUAUCGCUUGUUCUGUGCUGCUUCUUGCCGAUACCCAGGUUAUCGACUUUCUUGGAUACGAGGAGAGGUCGUGAGAGCCCGAUUGUGUUGCUCGUUGGAUGAAGAGAAUUGCCGGUUCCGCGCCAUCCUUGGGAUGUGAGGAGCGCGUGGGCGUCCAUAUUUGUGGUGUGGUAGAAGGAAUUGCGAGGAGAGAGCUCUGAGG